CUGAACUAGACAUCUCUUGAUUCCGUUACCGAAAAUAGUAUCGUUUGAGCUCAGGCUGUAUAAAUUUGACCCUCCAUAGAAAAUUUCCCUUCGAGAGAUCAUUGCCCUCUCUCUCCUCUCACUUGCUACUAAUGGAACAAGGCCUAAUUCCUACCUCUUCGUCACCACCGUCAGAUCAUGAUCAAGAUCUUGACCUCGAUCAUGAACCUGAUUUCUUACCGGUGGGAUCUCCGGAACUCGCUGAAUCUCACUUCCCCCAGCCGUCCGAUCUACCUCAGACUGCCGUGCUAUCCGAUGAUCUUCGGAACAAGAUCAUCAAACAAGUAGAGUAUUAUUUCUGUGAUGAAAAUCUGCCAAAUGACAAGUUUUUGAUGAAGUAUGUGACUAAAAAUGCGGAAGGGUUUGUUCCUAUUGGAGUCAUUGCUUCUUUAAGAAAGAUGAAGAAGCUCACAAGAGACAUAUUGUUGAUAGUGACAGCACUCAGGGAAUCUGAGCAUCUUAUUUCUGGAUCACGGGUUCGAAAAUAUGCGCGGCGAAAGGUUUUCCAAGUUCGGGCGAUGGAUGAUGACUCAGUGGGUGUUUCCUCACUUGACUGGGGGGAGAGCAGUGGGGCAGUUGAAUAUAUCUUAUCAUCCAGUGGCGAAGAUAGUGAUGGGGAAAUCAUAUUACAGCCAAUAACUGACGUUGAUUUACCUACCUCGAGAGAGAAAUUUCUUCCUAGUGAUGACUCCAUAACAGUGACGGCUCAUCGUCUUGCGAUGCUUGGAAGAGCAGAAAAGAAAAACAAGACUGUGUAUGGGAUUCUGAACAAUGUCGGACUAAUCACGUUUUCAACAUUGCUUCUUUUCCUUGUGGAUCAGUGUGCAUGGCGAAUUGUCAGAUUGCCCUUGGCACCAUUUUACUUGAUGCGCCCUUUUAUGAUAUCUGCAGUUGUUGUGUCUUGUAUAGGCUAUAUUUGUGUCCCGUUAUUUCGUAUUUUAAAGCUUCGAUCAAUGAGAAGGAAUGAAGCACCCAUUCAACGCUCCUCUAAGAAAGGAACCCCUACAAUGGGUGGAUUGUAUUUUGUACCCAUUGGUGCACUUGUUGCAGAAGUUAUUGUUGGUUUUUCAUCUGCGGAAAUUUCUGGAGCAGUAGCAGCAACUCUAGCAUUUGCUGCUAUAGGACUUGUUGAUGAUUUUUUGAGUCUCAAGAAUAAGAACAGUUGUCUAUCUGGUUGGAUGAGAAUUUUGUUGGAGGUAGCUGUUGGGACAUGGUUCUCCUGUUGGCUGUACACCACAAAUGUAUCAUCACCUUACAGCAUGAAAAUGGUGGUUCCUUUACCUGCACCUCUAGGCCUUGUUUGUCUGGGAAAAUUUUAUCCACUUUUGACUUCAUUCUGUUUUGUUUCCAUGGCAAAUGGAAUUAACCUAACUGAUGGGCUUGAUGGAUUGGCUGGCGGGAUUGCUGCAUUGACAUUUAUUGGAAUGUCGAUUGCAGUGCUUCCAAUAUGUUCUGAUGUUGCUAUAUUUGGAGCAUCAAUGGCUGGAGCCUGUGUUGGUUUUCUUUUGCACAACCGGUACAAAGCAUCUAUAUUUAUGGGUGACACAGGAGCCUUGGCUUUAGGCGCCGCUCUAGCUGCGAUGGCUUCUUGCACAGGAAUGUUCUUUCCGCUGUUUAUUUCAUCUGGAAUUUUUGUCUUGGAAGUACUUUCAGUUAUUAUACAGGUAUGCAUUUUCAGGACAACCAAAUAUUUUCAGAAAACGGGUUUUCGAUUCUUCAGGAUGGCACCCUUUCAUCACCACCUUGAAUUAUGUGGAAUUAAAGAACCCAAAAUAGUUGCUGCUGCGUACAUUGUCACUGGAGUUUUGAUCUUAUGUGGGGCAUAUGUGGGACUUAUUUCAGCAUAACUUAAUUUGGGUUUACACCUCAGGUCUCUCUCUCUCUCUCUCUCUCUCUCUCUCUCUUAUAUAUAUAUAGUUUCCCGUCUUUACCUCAAUUAUUUUAGUUAAUUCGGAAAACAGAACUCAUAAUUUAUCCAAAUGUUAGCCUAUUUGAACUUAAGAUGGCUGAAUUGGGAUUCUUGCUGUUGAUAUGUUCGAUAUUAUGGUCUUGUGUUAAUUUAACCAUUAUGUUUGAUUGCA